AUGAAGUUAAGCCUUGGUGACGAAAAAUUAGUAUCAAUUCAAUACGAUGAAUACCUUCAGCUAUUAAGUCUUCUGUCGAUCAGGAUACCUGAGGAAAUUAAAGUAGAGGAUAUUGAUGCCCAAUUAGACAUUGGUCACCUUGCAAAUGGUUGUUUACUAAGAUUUUUACGUGAUGACGCUAACAGGUAUAACAAGGUUAUUAGGAUGAUUCGUAAGGAGAUAUUUCAACUACGUGAAGCAACGAAUGGAAACUAUUCCUUAACGCCGAGAUUGGAAAAAAUUUGUUCAAAUUUACGGAAUUUGAUUGUGCCUACGCAUUGGUAUCCUUACUUACCAACCCAUUUACCAUUUAACCAAUGGCUAGAAGAUCUAAGUCGAAAAGUUGCUACCCUAACGUCCUAUAUUAAAACUAGUCAAGAAAGUGAUUUAAACGAUUGUGAUUUAAGAAUUUUCUAUCAACCAGCUGGAUUCCUCGAUAGUUUAUUACAAGAUUAUAACGGUUUAGUUAAAGCUGGCGUACUAGAAAUAGAUUUUGAGGUCAAAAUUUUCAACGAUAGCGAAAAGAAAUGUGAUCAUGGCAUUCAUCUUUUGGGUUUGCAGCUACAUAAUGCCGCAUGGGAUUUUACCAAAUGCUGUAUCACUCAAGUCAAAGAAGCCCAGGCAACUUGUCCAUUGCCAAUUAUUUGGCUUCGACCAAUCAAAUUAUCAAAUAAAGUCAAGAAAAGUAGCUAUCCAACAUAUUCAUGCCCAGUAUUGCACUCUUACUAUCAAGAUGUUGAUAAAAAUUGCAUGAUAAGAUUAUCAUUGGCUACUGAAAUUGAAGUUGGAAUACUUUAUUUAAAACGAGUUGCUAUUAGUGUUAUGGAUAGAUAA